AUGGCUUCCUCCCCGCCCUGCCGUCUGCAAGCGCUACGAGGGCUGGCCCUCGUGACACUCCUAGUCCUGCAGCUAGGGCAAACCGCAUCCGCAUUGAACUCGCGGAUAGCGUCCGUGGCAAGCUCCAGGCGGUUGCUGCAGGCAGGCGCAGGGCCCAAUCCGCUCUGCCCCGACGCGGCAUUUCCAAAUCAGCCUAAUGCCAUCCCCACAUUUCUGUACCAGUGCUACAAUCCUGCCGGCAGCUCGUACGUCGGCUGCCAAGGGUCAUGUGGCGCCUCCGUCAACAACCAGGCCACAUGCGCUGACGGCAUUCAAGGGCCUACAAGCAGCACCCCCCCUGCUUCGACUACUCCAAGCAGCGCCCCCCCUUCCUCCACACCAAGCGCCACCCCCCCUUCUUCUACACCAAGCCCCACCCGCCCCAGUGGCCCCGCUCCUAGUCCUGCACCCGCCCUCCCAAAGCCAACACCGGCAGGUGGUGCGCCAAACUGUCCUUCAGGCCCUUUCCGGAACGCAUGCUUCACUCCAAGCGGGGACGCCUACCUUUGCUGCUCGAGUGCUGGGUGCGGUCCUUCCAACCAAGCCAGCAAUACUGCCUCCUGCGCUGACAACAAGUACCUUCCCAUUGUCCCUGCAAUCUAUACCUUUGGGGACUCUUUGGUGGACGUAGGCAAUGGCCCGUAUCUUGGCAAUGGGGAUGGCCUCCCCUUCCCCCCAAGCCCGCCUUAUUUCCCGAACCGCUUCUCAAAUGGCCCCGUCGUGGUGGACUACAUAUCCGAGUACCUAGGCCUACCGUUCGUUCCCCCCUUCUUGCAACCAGGCGCGAACUUUUUCCGGGGGGCCAACUUCGCCACACAGAGCAGCGGCGCACUCAACACGACUGGCCCCCCCGGAAGGGUGCUCCCGUUGGCUGCACAGGUCGGCAGGCUCUUCCUCGAGUUGAGAGCCAACGCCGCGGCUUUCUACGCAACGCCGGGCGCACCGUCAAAUCCAAACCCACCCUUCCCCCCGCCGUCCUCGUUCCCCGCCUCCCUGUACGUCAUUGUCACGGGCGGAAACGACUUCGGCGACUUCGCCGGCAACGCGACGCAGUUCCAGGCGCUGGCGACUGCUUACGUCACCCAGAUUGCCGCGAACAUCCAGGGUGCGCCGGGGCUGCCAGAGACGUCCUGUCUAACGUGUUGUCUGAGCACUUCGCAUCUUUCUCCCUCUCUGCAUCUUUCAGAGAGCAUCUCAUCUCUGAGCAUCUCUCGCCCCAUCUUGCAUCUCUUUCUCGCAUCUCUGUCUGAGCAUCUCUUCGUCUCGAGCAACUCUCGCAUCUAA